AUGUUUCACGUUUUGGGCUGCUUCGCCCGGCUGCACAUCUACGAGGAGAACGCCCGUUUCGUGCUCAUCUCCGUGCUGUUACUUCUCUAUCUCUGCCUAGGUGCAUUCAUCUUUCACAUCCUCGAAAGGGACGCGGAAAUCAAAGAACGACGCCAGUUCAAAGACGACUCGGAGCGGCUGCGGAUACUCGUCUGCAAUCGGAGCACCAGCUGUCUGGAACGCCUCGAAGAAUUACUAGCCCUCCACGCCCAGGGUACGGUAAGCGGUGUGGGCUCGGAUCGGGACCGCUUCGAUCUGGCCGGAUCAUUUUUCUUCUCCGGCACCGUUAUCUCGACCAUUGGCUUCGGCACGGCCACCCCUCGAACCAUUUUGGGGAGAGCGGCUACGAUCGGAUACGGAGUCGUGGGAUGUACAUGUUGUGUAUUGUUCUUCAAUUUAUUCCUCGAACGUCUCAUCACCGCCUUCAGCUAUUUGCUCAGAUAUUUCCACGAGAAAAAGGUGCGCCGGCGAUUGAUGCUGGCCAGCAAUAACAAGCCGAUCACGCUGCUCGUCAACAAUGAGGACUAUGCCGAGUCGGCGAGUUCUUGCGAGGCCGUGGACAACUGGCGACCGUCUGUGUACAAAGUGUUCUUCUGUUUAUUGACGCUUUCCGCGCUGCUCAUCUCGACGGCAGCCCUCGUGUAUUCGUGCGUCGAGGACUGGCCGUAUAUUGAUGCCUUGUAUUUUUGCUUUAUUAGUUUUGCGACGAUCGGGUUCGGGGACUACGUGUCGAAUCAAAAAGACGUGUCACUCAACAAGGACGUG